AUGUGUCGAUAUACCUUCCACCACUAUACCCUCUGCGGCCACAUCUCUAGCUUCGCGAUUCAUAGCUGCGUCGAGUUCCUCAAUUUGCUGCGCAAAUCACCCCAGACCGGCUCGAAUCCCGCCGAACUGUCCUGCACCAACAUCAAGGUCGAACACGACCUGUGCUCCACCAAAGGAGAGGCGUACUGUCUCCAGUGUGAACUGGACUGGCCCGACCAGCUCUUGACCCGAGGCACUGAAGAGACCUUUCCCAGCGUCCCGUACUACGUCCUAAUUGAAGGACUGGACAGCUCGGACCCCAUCAUCACCACCAAGAUGCAGUGGCACACCAACAAGUCCCGGAAGCGCGAGUUCAAUGACGCCUUUCUCGAUCUUGACUUUGGGGAGCCCAAGUCUGAGAGCAGCGAUGCCAGUACCAUCAAGUCCAGCCCUAAUGGUAAUGCGUCGACCAUCAUUUCCUCCGAGCUAUGGCACGAAUUUGUCGAUGUCCCGCUCAACGCCCAUGACGACGCUGCAGCAGACGAAGACGACGACGAUCGUGGUCCCAGCCCCGCCAAGAAACGUAAUGACUCCAUCUCUGAAGACUACGUGGUGAUCGGUACUGACAUGCUCAACACCCAGGCAGAACGACUUACUAGCCCAGCCAACGACACCGACGACGAGGACUUCUACAGCCUGUGGGUGUCUGAUUCGGACUCGGUGUACGACGACACAGAAGACCAGACUGGAUCCAUCAUGCGCCAGUUGGAAAGCUUCACUUUCCCAACAUACCGACCUACGCCGCGAACCCCUGAUCUCUCCCCUUGUUCGCCUCGUACCCGUCCCCAUCCCGAGCCGUUGCCUCUGUACGUGGGGUUUCCUGGUCAACCGCCGGAAAGGUCGCCUAGGACUCGUCGGCCUUCGUCUAGGGGAAAUUACCUCGAUGCCAGGACGGAGCUGCAGUCGCCUGUGUUUGAUGGGUUCCCUGGUAUUUUUCCAGACGAGGAUGAGUUGGGGUUGCGGUCGCCUGGUCUUGUGAGUUUCCCGCGUAUUGUGAUUGAAGAGGUUGACGAGGAGGAGAAAGAGAAGACAGAGGCAGGCAAGUCAACUGGUACGGUGCUGGGUCUUCGUGGUGCUUCUUUGGCUUCUGGUUCUGGGUGUGCUGCUGCUGUGUUGAAGGGGUUGAAUAUUGUUAUGCCGAGGGAGUGA